AUGGCUCGCGGCGGCGCUAAGCGCUCUCUUGAGGAGAUCGCGAAUAUGUCUGAUUCUAACGAUGAAGAUUGGAGCGAGGGAUCCGACCACGCGACGCGACGCCCCAGCCGCAAGUCCCAGUCGAGCCCCAAGAAGAAGUCCCGGCCCUCAAAGAAGCGCCGCCGUGGUUCAGACGAUGUGGUGUCAGACGAUGCUAGUUUGAGUGAUGAGCUUUCUAUCGACGAGUCUGAAGAAGAUCUGGACGAUCCUAAUAUACCACGCAACGCUCGAGGAACGGCGCGCCGACGAACCACCCAGGCUAAAACCACCUACGAAGAGCCCUCCGACGAAGAAGAGUCUUAUGGGGGCGACGAGGAUGAUGAUGAGGAGCCAGAGGUUUCCACCCCUCCGCCAAAGAAAGCUUCAUUGGUCAAAUUGAAGAUUCGCCCCGAGAUCCUGUCGCAGCCUGAUCUCAUGACUCGCCGUACCACCCGCCGUACUCGCGGCGCUUCAGAGGAUAUGUACGCGUUGACCAACUCAGGACACCACAUGGAGACUGUUGAGCGAGGCACUGUGAGUCCUGAGACUGGAAUGCGCCAUCGUCAAGGCAGUCGAGCAUCCAAGCAGCCUGUGAUUCACGAAGAGAUCGUCGAAACAACCGAGAUCCAGGCAUCCCUGGAAAUCCUGGAGAGUGACGCGCCCCCUGACGGGGUUGAAGGUGACACUGCGAUUGCAAACGAUGGUGAACAAGAUGUUGAAAUGACCAAUGACGGUGUCGUCCCCGAGUCUGAGCACGGCGAUCCAAACCCAAAGAACGAGGAUGAUGAAGAUGAGGAUGACGAGGGUCCUAUUACUCGACGACGAAGCCGGCCUACUCAAAACCCCGACCAAAACGAGGAAGAUGAAAAUGAGGCCGAAGCCGAAGCAUCUGAGGACCCUCAGCCCCGUCGUUCCAGCCGCAAGAAGCCCUCAUCGCAGCGCAAGACACAGGAUGAAGAAAGCGAUUUUGAACCCGAGGAAGAGGAAUCCAAUGAUGGCGAUGGCUCUGAGUCUGAACAGUCCGGCCGUUCACCUCGCAAAGCCAGCCAAGCUCGCGAGGAAGAGGAAGAUAGUAGCACUGUUGGUCGUCGACCUGGCCUGCGCAAACGCCCUACCCAAUCCCGCGGCCAGUCAGAAGUUGCAGAGGAACUCGCCGAGGAGCUGCACGAUCUGCGAGGUGGCCGGUCGAAACGCCGUGUUAUUCACGAAGUCAUCUCCGAGAAGCCACGCCGUAGCCGCAAGGAAGUUGAUUAUCGCCUUAUUCGACCCGAGCAUCUCCUCCCCAUGGAAGAUGCCGAAAAUGAUUUCGUUACUGAGUCUCCAUCCCGCCGUGGACGCGGCGGAGGUGGUGGCGCCUGGCAGCGAACCCUGUUCCCGACAUUUGGACCCUUCGGUGGUGGUGGCCCAUCGGCUAUCCUGGCUCCUCCGGGUGCCCCUGUUGCCACUGGUGGUGUCGACAGCGACAGCAGUGACGAUGAAGCUAUACAGCAAUCCAAGCCCGCUGGACUUGCAUCCGGUGGUGGUCUUGUUCCCCAAACACAUUCCGGCGAUCCUGCUCAGAACCUUUCCGGUACGCCUGCCAACUUUGGUAAAAUCAAGGACAAACAAGCGCUGGCAGAUGCGGACCCUCUGGGUGUUGAUGUCAAUGUCAAUUUCGACAGCGUGGGAGGGUUGCAGGGUCACAUCGACCAGUUGAAGGAGAUGGUUUCGCUUCCGCUGCUGUACCCGGAAAUUUUCCAGCGAUUCCAUAUCGUACCUCCACGCGGUGUUCUGUUUCAUGGUCCUCCUGGUACCGGAAAGACGCUUUUGGCCCGUGCUCUCGCAAACAGUGUCAGUGCCGAGGGCCGCAAGGUGACGUUCUACAUGCGAAAAGGUGCAGAUGCAUUGAGUAAAUGGGUUGGUGAAGCUGAGCGUCAGCUCCGCCUGCUUUUCGAAGAGGCCCGCAAGACACAGCCGAGUAUUAUCUUCUUUGACGAGAUCGAUGGUCUCGCCCCUGUGCGAUCAAGCAAACAAGAACAGAUCCAUGCCUCGAUCGUCUCGACUCUCCUAGCCCUAAUGGAUGGUAUGGACGGCCGUGGACAAGUCAUUGUCAUUGGUGCUACCAACAGACCUGACUCGGUUGAUCCUGCUCUUCGUCGCCCUGGUCGUUUCGACCGCGAGUUCUACUUCCCUCUCCCAAACAAUGAGGGUCGACGUGCUAUUCUUGAUAUCCACACCAAGGGCUGGGAUCCUCCUCUCCCGGGCGAUAUUAAAGAUGAACUUGCCAAGAUUACCAAGGGCUAUGGUGGUGCCGAUUUGCGAGCCCUUUGCACUGAGGCCGCCCUCAAUGCUGUGCAGAGAAGAUACCCUCAAAUCUACAAGUCCGACAAGAAGCUGGUGAUUGAUCCAAAGAACAUUGAUGUGACCCCCAAGGACUUCAUGAUUGCAAUCAAAAAGAUGGUUCCUUCAUCAGAGCGAUCUACUUCUUCGGGUGCAACUGCUCUCCCUCAGAACGUUGAGCCUCUUCUUCGUCAGCAAUUGCUCGAGAUCGAGGCUUCACUGUCUGAAAUCCUUCCUCAGCGCAAGAGACUGACUGCUCUUGAGGAAGCCCAGUUUGAGGAACCCGAGGAUGGGGGCAGUUUCAGGCGAGAGCAGAUCAUGCAGGAAUUCGAUCGGUCGCGUGUCUUCCGCCCGCGGAUGCUUCUUCGGGGUGCGCCGGGUAUGGGCCAGCAGUAUCUUGCAGCCGCGCUUCUGCACCAUUUCGAGGGUCUACAUGUCCAGGCAUUCGAUUUACCAACCCUCCUCAGCGACUCGACCCGAUCACCGGAGGCCACUGUUAUCCAGCUCUUCUCUGAGGUCAAGCGCCACAAGCCCAGUGUCAUCUACAUCCCUAAUAUUCAAACGUGGUUCGAGACAGUCGGACCAGCCGUCAUUUCUACCUUCAUGGGCCUGCUUCGAUCUGUGCCACCUACUGAUCCUGUCUUGUUGCUCGGCGUGCUUGAGUCAACAGGGGAUGACGUGGAUGCUGGUCUGCUCCAGAAGCUCUUCGGAUUCUCCAAGAAGAAUCUCUAUGAACUCGGAGCCCCUGGUCACACUGCUCGAUACGAGUUUUUCGGUAGGCUCAUUGAGUACAUCAAAACGCCCCCGUCCGAUUUUCCCGAUCCGGAAAACCGCAAAAAGCGUCAGUUGGAAGAGCUGGAGGUUGCACCGCCUCCGCCUCCAAAUGCGGAAAUACCUAUAUCCAAGAAGGAGCGCAAGGCCCAGAAGAAGAAGGAUCAUCACACUCUCAAUCUUCUGAAGAUUCGCAUCCAGCCCAUCAUGGAUCAGAUCAAAAAGUACAAGCGAUUCCGCCAGGGUGUGAUUGAUGAAGCCCAUAUUCGAUAUCUGUGGGAGGAGGAAGAUCCGAAUAUUAUCACGAGCGAUCUUCCCCCCGACCCCCUGACCUCCUACCGGCCGUACGAGAAAGCAUAUGAUAAGCAUGGCGUACCUGGUCUCCACGAGGUUGUGUCCGGGAAGUUCUACUACAACAUGGAAAUCGUCACCAUGGAGAAGCGUUUGUCGAAUGGUUUCUACAAGCGCCCAUCAGAUUUCCUGGCGGAUAUCAAGCGGAUUGCCAAGGAUGCUCGAACGCUUGGCGAACAGGAGCGUCUUCUGAGGGCCAAUGAACUGCUGUCUAAUGUCGAAGUCGAUGUCUCCACUAUCGAGCAAGCGGAGCCGGCUUUGAUGGCGGAGUGCGAGAAUGUCUACUUGCGGGAACUGGCCCGCGAGAAGGAGGCCCAUGCGCGUGCGCAACGGCGUCAAGAGGAGGCGGAGGCAGCAAUGUCUCGGCCCGGCUCUGCAAAUGGACCCAAUGACAACGCUGCUAAUCGGGACGGCUUGUUCAACAGCAAUACUGACGAGCGCCCUGUGACUCCUAGUCGGCAAACAAAUGCCAGCUUCGCCAACGGAAACGGGUAUCACCACGGCGGUGGCUCGGAUCUGAACGAGCUUGCUCCUCAUGGUCAGAGCAAUGGUUCUCACGGGGAUGUCGACGGGGAUGUGUUUAUGACCAACUCGGAGGAUCACUCCGGGAGCAAAGACACCCAGGUCAGCUCCUUCGGGCCCUCGGCGCAGCCCAAGCCGCCAUAUUCGCACACUGCGCCAUCUCAGCAGAUGCGCCGGGAGUCUGGCAUGUCGAGCUUCUCGCAAACUGGGGUUGUAACGCCCAUGGUUGCCGGAUCUCAACCCGGAGACUACACCAACGAGGCGUCUACGACACAGACAUCCUCCGACAAGAAGUCUUCUGGUCAUGACCACACCCAGAGUCUGCACGCGUCGCGGGAUGAGUUUCCCGAUCUCCGGCAGUAUCCCGACCGUGACCCGCAGCAGGAGGAGCACCUGCCCGAUACCCAGCAAGGCGGAAGCAGCCAGCCGUCUCCCCGCCCUCGCGAGUCCCAGGGCCAGGCCGAGGAGACUGGCACUCUGAACGGAAGCCAGUCCCAGCCAAAGCCCCAGCCGCCGUUGUUCGAUGCGGCUGCCGCCAAGCCCGUACCCGAGAUAGUUCUUGACCUGGAGUAUAUCGAGCAUCUCCACAACCAGCUAACGCUGCAGACCAGCGGGUGCUCUGUCGAGCAGCUUGAGCAGGUUCACACCUGUCUAAUGGACUUCGUCUGGCGAAGACGUAGUGAGUGGAACCGCACCACUGUCGCUAUGGGUAUCACGGAGACCUUCAACGCUGUGUUGGAGGAUAUGCAGUCCAUACAGGAGAUCGGACCCAUCAGCCAGAACACCAAGGACCAGCUGGCCAACCCCAGCUUUUCUGCGUAA